AUGGUAAUUUUUCAAAACCGUUAUUCCGCUUUUGUUCAGCAGAAUCAGCAGCAAUGUCACUGGAUUCCAGCUAAUCCUCAAUAUGUCCAAGGUCCAGUUCAAUUUAUCUAUCAACCUGAUCCACAACAACAAUUUCGGCCACAACCAUUCGAAGUACCAAUGGGUUAUCCCGCAUUUCAGGGGAAUCCAAUGUCUUUUCAAGCAUUUAAACCAAUGCCGAUGGCAAUGCAGACACAGGCUAUGGUUCAACCACAGGAAAUGGCAUACUACAAUCAAUAUAUAAUUGAGCAGCCUCAACCACAAUUAGUUAUUCCUAACGUCUUGCCAACUCCAACAGUAGUGCACUCAACUAUACCAAAUUUCAAUGCAACAACUCAGGCUAAUCAUGAAACCCUUCAGGAUCAUUCUCAGUUAAGACAAGCUUUGCAACUGAAUUACAAUCCCUAUAACAAACCUGCACAACCAUCUAGUGAACCGACUUCAUCAGUUGAUACACUGAGUAAGUUCUGGGAGAGAGAACUGUCAGAGGAAGAGACCAAAUGGGCUUUUGAAGGAAUUAAUGAUCUCAGUUACCUCGGUGAUCCGGAGUUCAAACGUUUAGUGUACUCGUUAUCCUGCUGA